GCGUCAUAUUGUUUACAACUUAGUCGGAUGUGGAUUUUGUGCUCAGUUUUAUUUUCACUUUGAUCAAAAACGAGAAGCAUCUCCUAGCAUUUAAAUUCCGUCAUUUUCUCUGAGUGUCAGUCAAGACGAUGUUGAGCAGUAAAUCCAUGGACGAGAUCAGAUGGCUACUGGAUGAUUAUGGAAUAAAACAUGGUCCCGUGGUCGAAUCCACAAGAGCCCUUUAUGAGAAGAAGCUAAGAGAAGCUAUGGCUAAACAGAGAAAAAAACCACAGUCUGACAGGACAAAUUAUAGAGAGGAAGCAGAGGAGGUCACCUACGUUCAUCGUGACAGACCAGCACAGUAUGAUUUAGUAAGCGACAGAACAUGGCCUGAUCAUAGAUGGGCGGAAUACACACAUGAGCCUCCUAUAUAUAGGGCACAGGCAUAUCGCAACAUGUCACAGUCCAAAAACUCACAUUAUGAUUUAGUAAGCGACAGAGCACAGUCUGGUUAUAGAUGGGGGGACUACACGGAUGAGCCUCCUAUAUAUAGAUCACAGGCGUCAAAUCGCAACAUGUCUCAGUCCAGAAACUUGCCCUCAGAGUCUCAAAGCGAAGAACCACCAGAGAAUGGUUCAACACGUCUGGUUCCAGUUUGGUUAAAGAUAUUAGUGUUUUUAAUUGUGUCUGGACUUCUGUAUUUGGUUUUUAUAAACAUGGAAUCUGCAGAUCCCAUCAAAAGACUGACGUAGCGGCUUUCAUUUUGUCAGCUAAUCAACUAAAUGUAACAACAGAUUCAAUAUGUUAGGUGCUUUUUUUUAACAACUGGCAGCACACAAUGCUUAUUUAACAUGCCUUGUAUGUUCUGUAACUCCCUUUGUGAAUUUCAGGGAAGUGGGUGUUACAGGAUGCACCUGUUGAAGUAUUUUUAAGACAUUUCAUUUCUGAUUAUCUCUGUUUCUAGGUCAAGCUACAAUAGUGUCAAGCUAAAGUAUAUUUUGCAUAUUACAUUGCUUGUUUUUCUGACCGCUAAAACUUUAUAUUAAAAAAAAAACGUAUACCUGUAAAACGUUUUAAAUUA